UGUCUGCCCCAGCACCGUCUCUUGCGCCGACAUCCUCGCUUUCGCCGCGAGGGACAGCUCCCAGAUACUCGGACCGUCGGACGCAUCAACUACCCUGUUCUCGAGCUUCAACGAGGUCACGCAAAACCUCCCUUCCCCAAGACUCACCGCCGACCAGCUCAUCCAGAAUUUUGCCCGAAAAGGAUUUCGGCCGACGAGAUGGUUACUCUCUCAAGUGCCCAUUCCAUCGGCAGGUCCCGCUGCUCGUCGUUCUCUGACCGGCUUUACAACUUCAACGGAACGCGUGCUCAAGACCCGCACUACGCGACUAGUCUGAAGGCCACUGAUAGAAACACAUGCCCCGUUAACGGCGGCAGUGAUCCGACAGUGGCGCUGGACCCGGCGACGCCCAAUCGGCUGGACAAUAGGUACUACGCGGAGGUGAGAGCGGGGCGGGGGUUGCUGACGACGGACCAGACGUUAACGGAGCGCCCGACGACAAGGAGGUACGUGGAUGUGAACGCCAGGUACGGUGUGGCGUGGGCUGGCAAGUUCGCUCGGGCGAUGGUGAGGAUGGGUUCCAUAGAUGUGCUUACUGUGAAUCAGGGCGAGAUUAGCAGGUGGUGCAGCAUGGUCAACUGA